AUGAAAUGGCAAGCCUUCUCGCUGAGGAUCAGCUACCGCCCCUACUACUAUCAAAAGCCACUAGUUAGAAAGAAGAACUUAAGGGAUAUCUCAAUCUUAAGGGAGAAUGCGCGUAACUUUCCGACACUCGCAGGACUUGCACGGGACGUCUUUUCGAUUAGACUGCGCCAAAACCCGAGAAUGGGUAAGAGAAGUCGACCCGCAACCCGAACCCGCAAACCCGAUGGGUAG